AAAUUGUCUUUGGUACUGACAAAAUGUCAACCGACCCAAAAUUUCAAAAUUGACACAAAACAAGAUGUGAAUCUGCAAAUUUCAAUGGAUUUAUACCUCAAAUAGUUCAAAUAAAUGUUAUCAAAUUGCAAUGCUAGACGAAGUAGUGUACUACAGCUCACUGUUCAUAUGUAUAUCCCUGGCAAGUUACUACAAAAAGAUCGAGAAUGCGGACAUGAAGAGAAACUAUGGGGUGGGCCUGGGCAUCCUGGUGGCUUGCCUGAUCUGCGGCCAGCACAUAUACCAUACAGUGCUGAUGGUGUGGGGAAACGUUGUUAUAAUCAAAUGUUGUGAUAAACGCUACGUUCACCAGAUAAGCAUGGUGUACACCUGGACCUACCUCUUAUACUUGCAUUUCAACUUGAGUUGUUCAGUAUACGUGAAAUGGUUGCACCAGACCUUAGCCUUGCGACUGGUGGGACUGGCGUUUGAGAUGAGUUCGCUGGAAAAGACAGGCGCCUCUAGGUCGAUGAGUUCCAUUAGGCUGCCUAUGGGCGACUCGGACAUACCACUUGUAGAGCCGACUGCUGUGGAUAUCAUUGCUUACACUUACUUCUUUAUUGGGUUACAUAAAGGUCCAUAUUACAGAUGGAAAAUAUUCUACGACCACUUCAAAGCUCCGUUUGGUGUACUGGGCGACUGCAGAAUUAUUACAGAGCAGAAAUUAAAAAAAGCUUUGGUUUGUGCUAUCGGAUACAUUCUGCUACGUUUGAAGUUUUCUGCGCAGAACUAUUACGAAGACGACUUCUAUAAUAUUCACGGUUCAGAUUACCGUUUUUUAUACAACAUGCCGCUACUGGUGAUGUUUUUUCUGUACUCCCAAAUGAUAAUGAUGCUGUGUACGAGCGUUUACACUGAGGCGGGGUUCGGCGUGUACCCGGCGAAGUGUGAACCGGUGCCGGGGUAUGGGCCUUCGAAGCGACCCAGUCUGCUGAAGAUGGUUGCCAGCACUCCCGAUGUGGCCCUAGAGCAGGAAUAUAAUUUUGCAAUGCUUAAAUGCUUUCAAAAUGAAAAAUUGCUCAUGGGGCCCAAAAUGAGGGAUACCAUUAAUGGAUGGGAUAUGCCGUCUCGAUAUUGGUUUAGGGCGAAUAUAUACAAUAAUCUCAUCCACGCCUGCAAAGAAGUCAGGAGCGCGGGUUCUUUCUUUGCGUGGGCGGUAUGGCAAGGGCCGUCAUUGCAGCAGAUGAUAGUCUCGUCCACUCUGUGGGUUUACAUUCAUCUGGAGGCAGAAUACAGCACUCUUUACAAUACUACCGGCCAGAUGAAAAUGCCUUGGAACAUCGGGUUCACGAUAAUGCGCAUGUUCUGCCUGAUCUACCUCACGCCGUGCAUGGCCAUCGCCGACGCCAGUACGAUUCUCCGCUACUACCAUUCAAUAUUCUGGAUAUUUCAUUUUAUACUGCUGAUAUUUAUUGUAGGCGCUGUCGUCGCGUAUAAGAGCAAAAGAUAAUAGUUUUAAAAUUUUGUGAUGUUAAUAUAAAUUAUUGAUU